UAAGUUCGACAUGUCGAACGGUGGGAAGUGAAGGCAAGCUGCGUGUGGAGAAAUCAGAAACGACAAUCCACAAGUCUCGAGAGUUGCUUUGUGUUUCAGUUCAUGUUACCUUACCCUAGCAAUCAAGUGGCAUCUCUUCUCCUCUUCCACUCUUCCGUUCAAUCUGAAGAAGGAACUUCGAUCUAGUUUUCAAGCGUUCUCUGCAAAAUCGUAAAACCCCAGAUAAGUUUUCAUUCCAACUUCAAAUUUUCCGAUGUUACAUAGGAAUUCAAAGUGCACAUUUUUUCUCAAAUGAUAAUCUUCUGUUGGGAUUCGUAACCGAAUGCAAGAUUGGGGGUGUUCAUGGUAAAUGGGUGCCUCCCAAUUUGGGUAUACAAACGCUUCGGCGAUUUCCCACUUGCCUAUUUUUGCUCUGUUGUUCGAUUACUUGUUUUCCUUAAGUUUUGUGAGUCUUUAGCGAUAAUGGGUAUCAAUCAUGAACUCUUUAUCGCUUGUGAGUUCGCGGAUAGUCUGCAGAUUAUUUUCAACUUCUUUUAUUGUGCGUCGAACCAUUUGGAAUCGGAGCUUUUGCAGUGAUGAUCGAUUUCAGUUUGUUGUGGAACCCUUUAGUUACUUUGCUGAUGGAAAUUCAGAUUCUUUUGAGACUGAUAGUCGUAGAUGGGAUGAUUUUUCAUUGAGAAGGAGUUUUCUAAAGGAUGCGAAAAUUGAUGCUGAGAAAGUUAUUGAAAUUCUCAAACAGGAUGGUCCUGGAUUUGACACAUUUUUGGCUUUAGAUGAACUGAAAUUACAGGUCUCAGGGGUGCUUGUUGGAGAAGUUCUGAAGGGGAUUUUGAAAAGUACAAGUGUUCUAAACAAAACUCAGUGUGCAAAAUUGGGGUACAAGUUUUUCGUAUGGAGCAGUAGGAUCGAAAAUUAUAGACACACUGUGAAAUCAUAUCAUAUGAUCAUGAAAAUAUUUGCUGAGUGUGAGGAGUUCAAGGCUAUGUGGAGGCUACUUGACGAGAUGACUGAGAAAGGGUACCCUGUUACUGCAAGGACAUUUAUGAUUUUGAUAUGUACUUGUGGUGAUGCAGGCUUGGCUAAGAAAGUUGUUGAGAGGUUUAUCAAAUCAAAAACAUUCAAUUUCAGGCCGUAUAAACAUUCUUAUAAUGCCAUUCUUCAUGGACUAGUUGUUGUAAAACAGUACAAGUUGAUUGAAUGGGUGUAUGAGCAAAUGCUGCUUGAUGGUCAUGGCCCAGACAUUCUUACAUAUAAUGUGUUAUUGUUUUCAAGGUGCAAAUUGGGGAAGUUGGAUCAGUUUCACAGAUUGCUUGAUGAAAUGGCCAGGAAAGGGUUUUCCCCUGAUUUUCAUACUUAUAACAUUCUUCUUUAUGUUCUUGGCAAAGGAGACAAACCCCUUGCAGCUCUAAAUCUUUUGAACCACAUGAGGGAAGUGGGCUUUGGUCCCAACAUUCUUCACUUCACAACGCUGAUAAAUGGACUUAGUCGGGCUGGAAAUUUGGAUGCUUGCAAAUAUUUUUUCGAUGAACUAGGAAACCAUGAUUGCAUUCCUGAUGUUGUUUGCUACACUGUGAUGAUCACAAGCUAUACAGAAGCUGGGCAGCACGAGAAAGCUAGGGCAUUUUUUGAUGAGAUGAUAAUGAAGGGCCAGCUUCCUAAUGUGUUUACGUACAACUCCAUGAUUCGUGGUUUUUGUAUGGUGGGUAAGUUCAAGGAGGCUUACUCUAUGCUCUCUGAAAUGGAAUCCCGAGGUUGCAGACCAAAUUUUCUUGUAUAUAGUACCCUUGUAAGUUAUUUGCGGAAUGCAGGCAAGCUUGCCGAGGCUCACAAAGUUAUAACGCGAAUGGUUGAGAAUGGGCAAUAUGCCCAUUUAAUGACAAAAUUCAAGGGAUAUAGGAGAUGCUAGAUCAUUAGGGUGACUCUUUGUAAUUCGAGAUUAAUGAUUAAUAACCAAAUGAAAAAUUCAAGAGGCAGAUUUUCAGUCUCUUGAUACUAAAAUUAUCAUCCA